GACAGGCCAGCCUGCUCAGACACAGUCUGUAUGCGUUCCACUAUAGUUGUACUUUGAUCGCCUCUUUCGUGCGUAUGCGCAUGUAUGUGAUGUCAACACGCAGAUCGACCUAGAAAUUUAAUGCAGUGCUUAUCGCCGGUGAGCUUAUCGCGACUUAUCGCGACUUAUCGCUAGCGCCCAAGUUUUUGGAGUCGCACUGUCGCGGGAAGCGAGCGGCCAGAGACCGGCCUUCAUCUGAAUCAGCCGGGAUGAGAUCAGAUCUCUCGAGGUGGCUUUUAUUAUUAGGUGCUGGGCUGCAACCCAGGGCCCGAGGCGUGGUAGGGCAGGGCCCGACAGGGCCAGUUUCCAGCCCGUCGCCACUCGGCAUUGCAACCCUUGGAAAUCUUUUGAUUCCACGCAACCUUCCUCGCGCAAUCAGGACUCCGCCGACACCGCCUGGGCCGCCCACCCUUGGACCCCUUGCUUGCCUGCUGUUUCGGACCUCUGUUGUGAGCAAUUUUGUUUCGCGUGCCGAACCCGACUCCUUCCUAUUUUCUUUUCAAGCAUUGGGCUAGUAGCAUAUCGUCCGCCCAUAUCGAAGCGACCGAUCCUCCCCCCGACCAACGUAACGAAGCGCUCACGAUGAGGCACAUCUCGCCAGGUCCGCCAACGCCACCGGCGGGUCGUGCCAGAGCCAAUACCUGGUCUUUUGGCAAGGUGGAGGACACACGCAUCUGCGUGGUAAUGGUUGGCUUGCCGGCCCGCGGCAAGAGCUACAUCGCACAAAAGGCCCAGAGGUACCUCCAAUGGCUGUCAGUACCGUCGCAGACUUUCAACGUCGGCAACUACCGCCGCAAGGCUGCCGCACAACCCACUGCCGACUUCUUCGACAUAGGGAACUCCGAGGGCGAGCGCCAGAGAAAAGCUGCUGCUGAGGCUGCGGUCGCGGACAUGCUGAAGUGGUUCCGCGAGACAAAAGGAACGGUCGCCAUUUUGGACGCCACCAAUUCCACCAAGGAGCGCCGCAAGUGGAUCCUGGAGAUCUGUACCAACGCCGGAAUCGAGGUCAUAUACGUCGAGUCCAAGUGCGACGACGAGGAGUUGAUCAUGGCAAACAUAAGAGACGUCAAGACAACCAGCCCCGACUACAAGGGCCAAGACCCAGAGCAAGCGGCCAUCGAUUUCAGGAGUCGCAUUCGGAACUACGAGAAGGUCUAUAAAUCAAUCAACGAGGAUGAGGACGAGGACCACCUCACAUAUUUGAAAAUCCUGGACGUUGGCAAGCAGGUCAUUAUCAACCGGAUCCAGGACUACCUGCAGAGUCGCGUCGUCUACUACCUGAUGAACCUCCACAUUCGGCCGAGGUCCGUCUGGCUAUCACGACAUGGCGAAUCCGAGUACAAUCUUGACGGCAGGAUUGGAGGAGACGCACUACUCUCCCCACGCGGGGAACAAUAUGCGCGCAAGCUUCCCGAGCUGGUCCGCGCGUCAGUGGGUGACGACCGCCCACUCACAGUCUGGACAUCGACCCUGAGGCGGACCAUCGCAACAGCGCGCCAUCUGCCUAAGCACUACAACCAGCUCCAAUGGAAGGCCCUGGACGAGCUGGACGCGGGUGUAUGCGACGGAAUGACGUACCAGGAGAUCAAGGACCAGUACCCCGAGGACUUUGAGGCCCGCGACGAGGACAAGUACAACUACCGCUACCGUGGCGGCGAGUCAUAUCGGGACGUGGUCAUCCGGCUGGAGCCCAUCAUCAUGGAGCUAGAGCGGUCCGAGGACAUCCUGAUUGUCACGCACCAGGCAGUGCUCCGCUGCAUAUACGCCUAUUUUAUGAAGAGGGACCAGGAGAAGAGCCCGUGGAUGCACGUGCCGCUGCACACGCUCAUUAAGCUCACGCCCCGCGCGUAUGGGACGGAUGAGCAGAGGUGGGACGCGAAGAUCGCUGCAGUCAGCACAUGGAGAGGAAAGGGUAGCACGGCCAAGCACGAGGAGCCGGUUCCUUCCGCCAUGCAUUGAAACCGAUACACAGGGCAUGCCCGUUUUCGUUCGUUGAUUGAAAUUCGAGGUCAUUGGGCUUUGCAUCUUUCUUUGCAUCAUCAACUUGUGGGAAAGGAGUCUCGUUACGCCGGCCGGCUGGAAGUAAACAUAUCAUUACCAAAAUGGAUAGGCGCGGGGGCUUUUCAUAGAACUUGCUUGACAUAGGAUAUGGCUAUUGGCCUCAUACAUAUAGUGGAAUGGCGCUGGACACGAUCAGCGACCAGGAUGAACAGGAGCAAUGACAGCUUCAUACAUACUUACCUACGUACCUACUUACGCAUGCUUCCAAUGACAGUGUGCCGCAAGUUGGGUGUAUCUAUCUAACAAAAGGCUUCACUUGACAAUGGCAA